AUGAACGUUAAAAAAUCAACCAAAUAUGAAAUUCCGCUCUUUAAAGUACCAUUUCCACCAGAACUGACAGUUGAAGAGAUCUUGAGCAAUAGGUCAGAAGAUAGACUUAAGUCGAGGGCUCCCAACAGUUACUUCAUAUACAGACUAGCUUUCCUCAAAGAACUUAGAAAACGAACCAAUGACAAUGUGCCUAUGACAAAAAUAUCAUCUUACAUUAGUUCGAUGUGGUUCAAUGAAACGACUGCAGUAAGAGAUGCUUAUAAGAAUCUAUCUGAACAAGUGGAAAAUCGGCUAACGGAAAUAAGGCGGAAGGAAAAAUUAGUUCUUGUCAAUGAGUCAUUGUCUCUGGACCUACAAGAUAACUCACCAUCCGGAGUUACCGAGUACAACAAUGUUGUUAGUCCAAGACACAUUCCAAUCCUUUCUGUUCCUUCCUACCAACUUUAUGACUCACUAUAUCCUGAGGUUACCUUAAAUGUUAAUUCAAGUAACAUUCAAAUCCCUUAUUCCAAUCCUUACCAACUUUUUACACCAGUAGAUGAUUUAAAUUUCAAUCCUUACCAACUUUUUACACCAGUAGAUGAUUUAAAUUUCAAUCAUUACCAACUUUUUACACCAGUAGAUGAUUUAAAUUUCAAUCAUUACCAACUUUCUACACCAGUAGUAGAUGAUUUAAUUAAUAUAAACUUUUUUUCUAUCGAUUCAUGCUUUUGUGAAAUAUGCCAGAAUAAUUUUAUUAAUUAA